UCGUAUUUUUAUCGAAAUGUCAACCAAAACCCAAAACUGACAGUGCGAUCAAAAAUUGAAAAAGAAAAAUUUCUUGUGAAAUCUAAGCUCAGCUAUAGAAGUGCGGGGGUUUAACCUCAACAAUAUACAUUAUAAUGAAUACACACAAGCUUUUCGCUCGAGUUCUUGAUUUUUCUCACUCCAUGAAAAUGCAGUCUAGAACUGUUAUGAAAGAAGCUACAUAUAGCAAAACAUCGCUUAACUAUUGUGCAGAUAUCGUAAAGUAAUUAUUACUGAAGCAUAGAUCAUUUAGUUAUAAUAGACAGCAUGACUACGAAAAUUUUCUGGCUACUCUUCUCAUGACGCAAACUAUCCGGUCCCCUGCACUUGUGCUGAGAGCAUUUAACGUAGAAAUAGCUCGCAUUCAGGACAUAACAUCCGACUCACAAACUGCUGCAUUCAGAUUACAAUUCUGGCAAGAUGCUCUUAGAGGCAUCUACAACAAAGAGCAAACACUUCAAAACGUGCCUGCCAAUCCUGUAGCACAAGAAUUAUUUAAGAUUUGUUGCUGCUAUGGCCUUCAGAGGAGGCAUUUGGAGAAACUCAUAACAUCCAGAAGUAAUCUGCUAAAGUCUAAAUACUUUAGAAGUUUAGAAGAUGUAGAGAGAUAUGCUGAAGAAUCUGUGUCUUCAAUUUAUUAUUUAAUAUUAAAAGUAGCUGGUAUAAAAGAUAUGCAUGCUGACCAUGCUGCGUCUCACUUAGGGAAAGCUCAAGGAAUUGCCAAUAUUUUAAGGUCUGUACGUGUAUCCAGUCAACACAAAAUUGUAUCCUUACCAAUGGAUAUACUUAUGAAGUAUAAAAUAAGUCAAGAGAAUGUCCUAAGGUGUAUUGACAAUGAAGAAAUGAGGAAUGCAUCAUUUGAAAUUGCAUCGAGGGCAAAUAGUCACUUGGAAAAGGCCAGAAAAAUAAGUGUUCCUCAGCUUUCAAAGCAGAUAUUCCUACCAGCCGUUGCUAUCCAUAAGUACUUAGCAAAACUUGAAAAGAAGAACUUCAACAUAUUUGACAAGACACUUAUGUAUGCUAGUCCAACAUUACCAAUAGCUUUAUAUUACAACAGAAUGCGUAAUAAAUAUUAAUUUAUAUAAAAAGCUUAUUUAACUAAAGUGAUAUUUAUUUAAAAUGCGUUAGUAAGCUCAUGUAAAAAUUAGUAAAAAUAAAUUAGUGAACCAGA